GGGACUGGUGAGAGGUGGAGAUCCUCAGCGCAGCGCGUUGUCGGCUCUUGCGAAAAGUUUUUUUUAGACACCUUUACAGCCGUGAGAAUAGACUUUUGAAGGCGAUAGAAUGUUUUGAAUGAGUUCUUCCUUUCAUAUUUUGACCGAGUGCGCCGCGACUGUUUUGUCUUUUUGAGAACUUGCCGUCCCGGGGAGACAGCUCCACUGUGGGCUGGCGACCUUAUGUGGAUUUUACCAAAAUAUGGAGCACAAACCCGCUUUAUCCACGGGAACAAGGCUGGUUUUGCUGUUCUGCUUCAUUCAACUGUCUCUUGCUCUACAGUGUGUCGAUGAAAGAGCUCCUUGCGUUAAUAAUGCCACCUGUCUGACCUUUAAGAAUGGCACUGGACACUGCAGGUGUUCUCCAGGCUUCCUUGGUGAAUAUUGCCACCACAAGGACCCUUGUCAUCCUGAAUUUUGCCUGAAUAAAGGGAACUGUUCUGUGUCUAUGUUGGCCGGUGUACCUGUUCAAGGCAGUGCUUCUUGUAAAUGUCCACUUGGUUACACGGGUCUGCACUGCCAAACUCCUCAGAACUCCACGUGUUACCCCAACAACCCCUGUGCUAACAGAGGGACCUGUAUCCUCCUGUCUCUUGACAAAUAUAAAUGCAACUGCAGUAGAGGAUGGACAGGUCUACGGUGUGAGCAGGUAGACAGCUGUGUUUCCAGUCCAUGUGCUCAUGGAGGUCUGUGCACGUCCCUGUCUGGCAGUAGCUACACAUGUUCCUGUCCUCCUGGAUACACUGGUCCUCGCUGCCUUAAUGACACAAAUGAAUGUGCAACCACUCCCACCAUAUGUCAGAAUGAAGGCUUGUGUAUCAACACUCCAGGCUCUUACAAGUGCAUUUGCUCCCCGGGGUUCACCGGGCGACAUUGUGAGAACUCGUACGUCCCCUGUUCUCCCUCACCUUGUCUAAAUGGUGGCACUUGUCACCAGAGCUCUGAAACCAGCUACUCCUGCCACUGCCUCCCAGGAUUUAAUGGAACCAACUGUGAGAACAACAUUGAUGAUUGUCCCGGUCAUCAGUGUGCAAAUGGAGGGACUUGCAUGGAUGGAGUCAACACCUACAACUGUCAGUGCCCUCCAGAGUGGACUGGCCAACACUGUACAGAGGAUGUGGAUGAGUGCCGCCUUCAGCCAAAUACUUGUCAAAAUGGAGGAACAUGUAACAACAAGUUUGGUGGCUAUGCUUGUGUCUGCGUCAACGGCUGGAGUGGACCUGACUGCUCUGAAAACAUUGAUGACUGUGCAACCGCCGCCUGCAGCCAAGGAUCCACCUGCAUCGAUCGAGUCGCCUCCUUCAUCUGCCUCUGUCCUCACGGAAAGACUGGAUUAUUGUGUCACAGAGAUGAUGCUUGUAUCAGCAACCCAUGUCGAGAAGGAUCUCAGUGCGACACCAACCCUAUUAGCGGAAUGUUCAAUUGCAACUGUCCCGCUGGCUAUGUGGGCAGCACAUGCAACAUCGACAGGGAUGAGUGCAGCAUUGGGACAAACCCUUGCGAACAUGGUGGCCAGUGUGUGAACACCGAUGGUUCCUUCACUUGCAACUGUGUACGUGGUUACUCUGGUCCUCGCUGCGAACAGGACAUCAACGAGUGUGCCUCAAGUCCCUGCCAAAAUGAUGGUACCUGUCUGGACCGCAUUGGCGAAUACACCUGCAUCUGCAUGCCAGGAUUUGAGGGGACUCAUUGUGAAGUCCAGGUGAACGAGUGUCUCAGUUCUCCAUGCCUCAAUCAGGGUAGAUGUCUGGACCAAGUCAGUCGCUUUGUUUGCGUGUGCCCUGCAGGUUUCAGCGGGGAAAUGUGCCAGGUGGACAACGACGAAUGCUCAAGCACACCCUGUUUGAAUGGAGCGAAAUGUAUUGACCGACCCAACGGAUAUGAUUGUGAAUGUGCUGAAGGCUUCACCGGUCAGCUGUGUGAGGAGAACAUCAAUGACUGUGUGCCGGAGCCAUGCCACCAUGGUGUGUGCAAAGAUGGCAUUGCCACCUUCUCCUGUGAGUGCCAACCUGGAUACACAGGAUCAAUCUGCAAUAUCCAAGUCCAGGAGUGCCUCAGCAACCCUUGUCAGAACCGGGGACGUUGCAUCGACCUGGUCAAUGCCUACCAGUGCAACUGCCUGACGGGAACCACAGGUGUAAACUGUGAGACCAAUGAAGAUGACUGUGCCAGUAACCCGUGUGAGUAUGGAGAGUGCCAGGAUGGCAUCAACGAAUACAAGUGCGUUUGCUCUCCGGGAUACACAGGACUUAAGUGUGACAUAGAGAUCAAUGAGUGCAACUCCAAUCCCUGCAUGAGUGGUGGUACCUGUGUGGACAAGGUCAACGGAUUCCAGUGCCUGUGCCCCCCGACCACCCACGGCCCAUUCUGUCUCACUGGGACAGACCAUUGUGCACAUAAGCCCUGUGUAAAUGGAGAAUGUAUUGAACAACAACAUGGGUUCCUCUGCAAAUGUGAAGCCGGCUGGGAAGGACAACACUGUGAGCAAGAGAAGGACGAGUGCUUGCCCAAUCCUUGCCAAAAUGGGGGUACCUGUUUGGAUCGACACAAUGGCUACACCUGUCAGUGCAUGGCUGGGUUUAGAGGUUUAAACUGUGAACGGAACAUUGACGAAUGUGCAACUAAUCCCUGUUUUAACCAAGGAGUGUGUGUUGAUGGUGUCAACAGUUACACCUGCCACUGUAGCCCACCCUUCACAGGUAAACACUGUAAGGAGGAGCUGGUUCCAUGUGCCUCUCAUCCUUGUGAGCGAGGAGGAGUGUGUCGGCCAACUGCAGACUACACCUCUUACACGUGUCGAUGCCCAGCUGGAUGGCAAGGUUCACGUUGCAGUGAAGAUGUCAAUGAGUGCAAGAGAAAUCCGUGCAAAAAUGGGGGCUUGUGUGUGAACAACCCAGGCAGCUACAUGUGUACUUGCCAACCAGGGUACAGUGGACACACCUGUCAGACGGAUAUCGACGACUGCUCACCGAAUCCCUGCUUGAACGGAGGCUCUUGCGUGGAUGAAGUUGGAGGAUUCUCUUGCAACUGUCGAGCAGGUUUUGAAGGUGAUCGCUGCGAGAUGGAAGUGGACGAAUGCGCCAGCCAGCCAUGCAGAAACAGUGCUGUGUGCAAAGAUUAUGUCAACAGCUUUGUGUGCGAGUGCAGGCCAGGCUUUGACGGAAUUCUGUGUGAGCAUAACAUUUUGGAGUGUACGGAGAGCUCAUGUCUGAAUAACGGAACUUGCAUUGACGACAUCAACACCUUCUCAUGUCGCUGUCGAACUGGAUUUCACGGGACGUUCUGUGAAUUAGAGCAUGACGAAUGUGUCUCUCAACCUUGCAAGAAUGGAGGCACCUGCACCGACGGCCUGGGCACGUACCGCUGCACCUGCCCCAUGGGGUACAAUGGACAGAACUGCCAGAAGUUCGUGAACUUGUGUAGCCAAGUUCGCUGCCACAAUGGCGGGUCCUGCUCGCAGACAGCAACUUCCUGGACCUGUCACUGUCCAAUGGGAUGGACAGGACUCUACUGUGAUGUUCCAAAUAUGUCCUGUCAGGAUUUCGCAGCCACAAGUGGCCUGGAGGUGGAGAGUGUUUGCAAGAACGCCGGGCGCUGUGUGAACGUGGGUAACUCACACCAGUGUCUGUGUCAACGGGGAUACAUGGGCAGCUACUGUGAGGAGAUGGUGGAUGAGUGCCAGUCAAAUCCUUGUCGCAACGGAGCUACAUGCAAGGACUAUCAAGGAACAUACGAGUGUAUGUGUAAGCCGGGCUUCCAAGGGGUGAACUGCGAGUAUGACGUGGAUGAAUGCCACUCCAGGCCCUGCCUUCAUGGAGGCACCUGCUUCAACCUUAUCAACCGCUUCAGCUGCGUCUGCCCUCCUGGUACACACGGAGUCCAAUGUGAAGUGAAUGAUGAUGACUGUGCCCCCAAAACUGGCUCAUGGGAGCCUCGCUGUCUCAACGGCGGGCAGUGUAUUGAUGGUGUGGGCCGUUACACCUGCUCCUGCCCACCUGGGUUUGUCGGAGAACAUUGUGAAGGCGACCUGAAUGAAUGUCUGUCUGGUCCAUGCCACGCUCCCGGGACUCUGGACUGUGUCCAGCUGGUGAACGAUUACCAGUGCCGUUGCCGACUUGGAUACACAGGCCGUCAUUGUGAGUCCAUGGUGGAUCUUUGUUUGUCCAAGCCGUGUCACAACAAUGGUGUGUGCUCGAUGAACAUGACUUCUGUCCAUGGCUAUACCUGCUCCUGUCUUUCGGGUUUCACUGGAUUUAACUGUGGCGAACUGGAGGGCUACAACUGCGCAAUGCUUCGCUGUCAGAAUGGUGGACACUGUGUGGAGGCAAGCAGUGGUCAGCUGUACUGCCAGUGUCAGCCUGGCUUCAGUGGGUCGCACUGCCAAACCGAACACAGAUGCACAGUACCAUGCCAAAAUGGAGGAACCUGUGUCAAAGAUCCGUCCAACCCAUCCCAUUACAUCUGCCGCUGUCUCCCCUACUUCUCUGGACAAUACUGCGAGACUAAGGAUCUCACGCUGCGCACGCCGACACUCACAUGUCCCUAUACUCAGUGCGAGCACCAGUCUGGGGACAAAGUCUGUGACAGUCAGUGCAACAACCAUGAAUGUGAGUGGGACAAAGGAGACUGCUCUCUUAACUGGAGUCAGCCGUGGAUAAACUGCACGGCAGGGGUUCCCUGUUGGGAUCUUUUUAAAAAUGGCCGUUGUGAUAGCGAGUGUGACAACCCUGGGUGCCUCUUUGACAGCUUUGAGUGUCAGGAAUCUCUGCCCACAAUCUGCAAGUAUGAUCGCUACUGUGCGGACCACUAUGGUAAUAACAUCUGCGACUGGAGCUGCAACAAUGCCGCUUGUGGAUGGGAUGGACUGGACUGCGCUCAUGACACUGCACCCAAAAAGAUUGAUGGGACUCUGAUUCUGGUGGUUCGACUUCUGCCCAAAGAGCUGAUUGGAGACCUGAGAGGAUUCUUGCGAUACUUAGGAGCCCUUCUGCACACCAAUGUGCUGGUAAUGAUGGAUGAAAAUGACAAACCCAUGGUGUUCCCGUACUAUGGGUCAGAAGAGAUUAUUGGGCUCCACAUCAUAAAGAGUAGGAGCAAACGAGAGCUGGAGAAGGAAGCGAUUGGGUCCGUGGUUUACCUCCAGAUUGACAACAGGCAAUGUUCCCAGGAUUCUAAAGACUGUUUUUCAAAUACGAAUGAAGCAGCCUCCUUCAUUGCCGCGGCCCAUAUCAAGGCUGACCUGCCAUACCCCCUCAUGUCUGUCCACAGUGAAAUUGACCACUUGGAUGACAAGAUGCAUUGGAAGUAUGUCAUAGGAGUGGCAGUGGCUGUUCUUCUGCUCAUUUUGAUAUUGGGUGUUCUGGCGGCCAAGAGGAAGCAUAAACAUGGUGCUCUGUGGCUGCCUGACGGCUUCAUUGCCACAAAAAAUGACAAGAGGAGAGAACCAGUUGGACAAGAUGACUUUGAUAUGAAGAAUUUCAAGACUCACGAUGGAGACAUGAUGGAUGUGGGCCAGAGUCAAAGGUGGCUUGAGGACGAGGUUCAAUCCAAGAAGCCAAAAACUGAGGACAAGCCUUUACUUCCAAUUUCAAUGGAUGCGACGAUAGAUCGAAGGGAGUGGACCCUUCAGCAUCGUAAGGCAGCCGACAUCACACUCACUCCUCCUCAGGCAGACCUGGACACCGACUGCCUUGAUGUAAACGUCAAAGGGCCAGAUGGUUUCACUCCCCUGAUGGUGGCAUCGCUUCGUAACGGCGGAGGCCCAGACUGCAGCCUGCAUGAGGAAGAGGAGGAGAGUGGAGGAGAUGAACCAGGACCUAGUGUUAUCUCAGACCUGAUCUCUCAAGGUGCCUCGUUAAUGGCUCAGACUGACCGGACCGGUGAGACGGCGCUCCAUCUGGCCGCCCGCUACGCAAGAGCUGACGCUGCCAAGAGGUUGCUGGAUGCUGGAGCCGAUCCCAAUGCUCAUGACAACAUGGGCCGAACGCCACUGCAUGCUGCUGUGGCAGCUGAUGCACAGGGAGUCUUCCAGAUUCUGAUCCGUAAUCGGGCCACAGAACUUGACUCACGGACGAACGAUGGCACUACACCGCUCAUUCUGGCAGCCAGGCUGGCGGUGGAGGGUAUGGUCGAAGAACUGAUCCACUGCCAUGCCGACAUCAAUGCAGUAGACGACCACGGCAAGUCGGCGCUACACUGGGCCUCUGCGGUGAAUAAUGUAGAGGCCACCCUGGUGCUUUUGAAGAACGGAGCCAAUCGAGACAUGCAAGACAACAAGGAGGAAACGCCGCUGUUCCUUGCUGCCAGAGAAGGAAGUUUUGAAGCCGCUCAGGUUCUCCUCGACCACUACUCCAACCGUGACAUUACCGAUCACUUGGAUCGGCUUCCACGAGACACCGCACAGGAAAGAAUGCAUCAUGAUAUUGUUCGCCUUCUGGACCAGUACAAUUUAGUCCACAACACACCGAACGGACCCAAUCACAUAGGUGGAGGAAACUCGGCUGUGAUGUGUGGAGUAAACGGACCCGGCUACAUGGGCAUGCGCCCUGGACCUCCGGGUAAGAAGAGCCGGAGAGGUGGAGCCAAGAUGGGAGGAGCCGGGGGCGGCGCCAAAGAUGUGCUAAAAGAUGUAAAGGCCAAGCGGAGAAAGAAGCCCGCCGGAGGAGAGGGUCAGGGCACGCCUGCUGGGGUGGCAGCUGCAAGUGGCAGCGUCAAUGGCGUCAAGGCUGCCGGAGGACUUCCUGAAAGUUCUGUCACAAUGUCUCCAGUCGACUCUUUGGAAUCUCCACACUCAUACACAGCAGAUGUGUCGGCCGCCGGCUCGACCACUGCCAACUCCCCGCCGCUCCUGAGCAGCCCUACAUCCAGACCCAUGCUGCCCCCUGUCAGUCACAUGCUGGGACAGCAGCAGGGCUGGGUUGGAAUGGCCAAGCACGGCUACAGCGGCCACAUGUUUGGUCUGGUACCUCAUCAAAUGGGUGGAGCCCAUAUGAGUCAGCACCACGGCCAGGGUCAGAUGCUCACACCCAUGAAUGUCACCAUGAGCAGAGAGCAGUUGCCGCCGAUUGUCACCUUCCAAAUGAUGGCCCCAGGAGGUGGUCAGGCCAUGCUGAAGCAGCCUCAGGCUGCUCAAGUGCAGGUCAAACAGUCCCAAGGGCAGAACCAGAACCACUCCCAGCAAGGUCCAGGUCGUCUCCACUGCACACAGAGCAUGAUGUAUCAGAUGCCAGAGCAGAUGAGCAUGUCACAUGGCCUCUCCCACGGUAUGCAGCACCCCCAUACAAUGAGCCACGGAGGUCUGGAUAGUCAGUCGCGGCAGCUUCCUUCGUACCCACCCAUGCAGAGCCCUGUGGAUAAAUACCCCACUCCACCCUCCCAGCACGCUACACCACCCAGCAGCUUCACACCUGCCGGAUCUGAAGGCACCACACCCGGUCACUCGGCCCACCCGGCUAAUGAGCACCCUUAUCUCACUCCUUCACCUGAGUCUCCUGACCCGUGGUCCUCCUCUUCACCCCACUCCAACUCGGACUGGUCUGAUGUCACCACCAGCCCCACCCCUCUGGGGAACCUCACCACGCACUGCCGUCAUCACACCGCACACACAUUCCAGAGCAGGCGCAGUUGCAACCGCAGGCGCAGCAGAUGCAGCAGUCCUCUCAGCAUCCCCAGCUCGGGAACAUGCAGGUGUUCGCCUGAGUUAGCAGACCGAGGCGGGAAUAGAAAGACUUCGAGGCGCCUCUGAAGUCUAGUUCUCUUAAAGCGCCUUCCUCUUUUCAUCCUUUCUUACCUUUUAACUUAGUAUUCCUCAAGUGUAUGUUUAUGGUUCUCUUCCCUCUUUGCACUUAAGAAGACUGUUGAUAGUUUGUAAUUCGUAUGUCAGUGUAACCAUAUCAAUCCCUAUCAAACCAUUUACUCAAAUUGCUCAGCUGCAUGGUGACGUUUCAGCUCCAUUCAGACAUUAGAACGCCUGGACACAAAAAGAUGAACUGAUCAAGGAGUUGCCGACAUGUAUGUUUUUUGCAUCCGACGGACAAUGCAGAACAACAGAUCGUUCGAGGAUUUCUCCUUUUGGGAAGGGGGGUGCUUCAUAACCCUGUAGUGACACACCACUGUCAUAAUCACUUUCUUUGUAAUGUGGUAUCAGACAUUAACAAUGUUAUUUUGAAGCUAUCUUGUAACAUUAUAGUUUGCAAUUUUGUUAUUAUUGUUGUAGUAUCCAUAUCAUUUUAGAUUGAUGGAAUGAGUGUCAAUCAUCUGACUCCAAGAAAAAUACUUUUAACUGCAGUUAGAAAUUGGAUUCGGUGCUUUCAUUUUGAAGGCAAUUUUUGUCACAAAUUUGAAGCCAAAUCAUGGUGAUCAUUGACAGUCAUGGAUGUUCCUGGCCACUGUUCCAAAUCAUUUUCAUUGUCAUUGUGGCACCCAGUUUGUUUAUAUGUACAGCACACUCUGCUUGUAAUUCCUGAGAUUUGUUGACUAUUAUAAAUGUCUUUAUAAUGAUGUAUGUUCGCACUUCUGUGUUGAUUCCCUUGUUCUCUGAGGUACAUUUUCUCUCCUGAAUUGCUCCUAUUCCAAACCAUAUGAACUUUUGCUUUUCUACAAUCAGUAUAUUUUCGCACCUUUUAAAUCAUCAUGAUUUUACAAAAUGAGUCUGGAGCAAAGAGAGGUUUCAAUGAAAGUAUUUUUGCCUUUUGAUUGUGAAUAUGUAUUUUUGAGAAACGGCUCUGAACACAGACAAUCAGUUUUUUUUUUUUUUCAAUCAAAAAAUGGCCAAAAAUAUUCAUUGUAUCCCAUCUCAGUUAAACUAAAGUGUUUUCAAACUUUAUAUUGUUGCAGGCCUUCAGUUUUUUUUGUUUUUUUUUUGUAUGGGGUCAGUCUCCAGUAAAUGUCGGGAGUAAAAAGUGUUGCAUUAAUUCGUACAUGUUUGACAGACAAAAGUGUUGUUUCUUUUUCUGUACAUAAAUGUUUUGUUCAUUGUACUUGUUCUCUGUUUACCAAAUACCCAGUGAUAUUACAUAUGAAGUAGUUGUCAUGUUUGUAAUAGGUCGACAUUGUUGGGGAAAAACCCAAAUGAUGAACCAAAUGUUACUGAAAUAAAAG